AUGGCUGACAAAGUCAAUCUCGGAGGUUUCUUUAAGAGUGAAGCCUAUGCUAACUCAUUCAAACGCGUGGAGAUGAUCACCCGCCCAUUCGCCGAAAUACUGGUUGAGCAAAGCAAAGUGAGCGCCGAAUCUAAGGCCAAUCCUGGGCAGCCUCUAGUGAUCCUUGACAAUGCCUGCGGCACUGGUGUCAUCUCCAGCAUCCUUAAUGAAACGCUUGACGACAAUGUCAAGAAGAUGUUGAAGCUGACCAGUGGAGACAUUUCGUCGGCAAUGAUCGAGUACACUACGAACCGCAUGCAGCAAGAGGGCUGGCAGAACACGGAGACAAAAAUCGUAGAUGCGCAGAAGCCUGACCUGGCUAGCGCUCAUUUCUCUCACAUUUUCACUGCUUUCGCCUAUAUGGCACUCCCCGAGUCUGUUAAGGCUCUCAAUGAAACCGUCCGAAUGCUGCAACCUGGUGGGACUAUUGCUUUCUCAACCUGGAUCGAACCCGGCUGGAUGGCCAUUGCCCGAAAUGCAAUCGAAAGUAUGCCAGGCGACCUGUGGUUUCCAGAGACCGCAAAGCUCUUGGCAGUCAUGAGUGAUGGGAAAUGGGACUCAAAGCCUUGGAUCGAGUCCCAGCUUGAGGAACGUGGGUUUCAGGACAUCAAUGUCCGCGCAACGACAGUAAAACAGACUCUCACAUCGCCUGUCUUCGUGGACAUGGCCAUGUUGAUGAUUCCCACGAUGAUCAACUCCUUUUGGACUGAGAAGCAACGGGAGGAAAACAAGGAUAAGAUUCGUCCAGCGCUAGAGAAGUACAUGGCAGACACUUACGGGAAUGGGAACAUCGACACCGAUUGGGUGGCUAUUCUGUCCACUGCGCGCAAGUCUUGCUAG